AUGGACAGGAAAUGGCAAAUGAUUAAUACACGCCUGGAUACGCUGCAGACAAGGGUGGAGAAGCUUGCGUCCGACCAAGGGCUUGGUGUGCAGGAUCAACCACGCACGGGUGGGGACGAUGCUGCCCAGACACAACAACAACAGCAACAACAGCAAGAGCAGCAAGGUGGUGACAGUCUGCUGCCACUGCAGCGACAGGACUCGCGCCCUGUGCGCACUCGUCGAGGCAGUCUCUCCACGAUCGAGGAUGUGCACGCCGUCGUGUUUGGAAGCAUCAACAUCGAUCUCCUCACGGAACUACCAUCACUGCCACAGAAGAACUCCAACACGCGGUGCAGGGUGUUUGAGACGCUGCCUGGUGGCAAAGGUGCCAACGCCGCUGUUGCGCUUGCUCGCCUCGGUAUCAACACAAGUAUGGUGGCCCGCGUUGGCCAAGACGAGUUCAGCGACAUUGCACUGCGCUCCCUACGCCUCAAUCACGUCGACGUCUCCCAUGUCCACAAGGGCAAGGUGACAGUGACGCAUGCUGCGGCAAACGAGGCAGUGAACGAUGAGGAUGUGCACAAUGUGGUCGAGCUGCUCAGUAGUGAUGAGAAGAGGAAACGCGUCCUCCUCGUUCAACUCGAAGUCCAGCACGAAGCCGUUGCAAAGGCGUUGGAGGAAGCGAGUGCGCGGUGCGGUUCCAAUCUCACCAUUGUGGUCAAGGCGUCCCCCCUCUCUGCAAACUUUGACCCCGCCGUCAUCACCCGGAUCGUCGCACGUGCACAUGUCCUAAUCGUCAACGAAUGGGAGGCACCCACACUGCUCCGAUGGACGGACAACAAACCCUUGACGACAGUAGAGGCUUGUUAUCGCGCAUGCAAAGAUAUCUACGAAACGUACAACACGGCCAUCAUCUUGGUGUGUACACCCUUUGGCAUCGUGUGCUUGGAGGAGGGCACGAAGGUGCACGUGGUGCCUGGUAUCCACGUUGAAAUCGUCAGCAUCAUCGGAGCAGCAGAUGCGCUCUCUGACUUUCAAGGACGCUCGCUACUUCACAUCGCCGCCUGGAUCGGCAAACCGGACCUGGUGUCCCGUCUCAUUCGCCACGGGGCAGAGUGGCGCGCACGCGAUGGGUAUGGAAACACGCCGUUCGCGUGUGCACUCGCCGGACGGCAGAAGUUCAAGUCGCAGUCGUCCAAGUUUGCAGCGGUGCUGGGAAUGCUCAGCAUUGAGCACGUGCUGCUGUUUCUGCUGCCAGACACACUCGCCCACCACGAAUCACAAGAAUAUCAUCAUCACCACCACAACCGUCAUCAUGAGGACGCGGUUACGGUUGAGCAGCUGCUUGACGCCCUUUCUUACAUGACCGGCGCACUUCGUGACACCGUCCGGGCAGAAAUGGGUGAUGACCAAUCGAAGCAGUUUGCAUUCGCACGCCGCGCGCUUGUGUGCUUUCUCACCCGCUCCCUGAUUGAUGAUGUCAAGACGGCAAGUGACGCCACGAGCCCGCUUGUCGUGUUCAUCAAGGCCCGUCUGCAGAAUGUUGCACGCGUGUGUCAGCCCAACGCUGACGCGUGGGAAGCCAUUCGCCAGCUCUUUCUCACACGCGACGGCGAUGAGCGGCACCUGUUGCAUGCUGCGAGCUACCUCGGCGACACGUCACUGCUUGAUGUGGUGACCAAAGUGCAGUUUUGGACGCCGCAGAAAGCCAUCCAGCGCUUUCGCUCGGGAUCAGUGAUUCACAGAUCACACUCUGGCAUUGCGCGUCACGCGUCACACGCGCAUGUGCACGACGCAGAGCCGCAACAGCCACAACAAGCACGCGACCAACACCUGCAGCAGCCGGAGCCUGAUGCCACACUUCAGCCCGCUUGCUCAAGCGCAGACUUGGACACAUCCACAUCUGAUACGAUGCUCAAUGACAGUCGAGAGGGGUCUGACGUGAUCCCGCUCACUCACUCAGAUACGCUGAAUGACUUUGCACAGGAUAAUAUCUUCACUGAGACGGCUGAUAAGAGCACGUUUUUGCACUUUGCUGCACGCUCCCCCAUGGCCCAGGCCAUUGAAAACGUGUUACGGCUGAAUCGAAUCAGUCGUUGCUUUUCCGGGCAUCAAUUAGCAGAGCAGUUUGCACGGCGUGAUGCAAACAGAAAGACGGUGCUAGAUGUGGCGACAAACGCUCGCAGUGUUAAGAGCGCGUUGCGGCAACACGCUGGAGUGAAACAAGUGUUCCUCUCGUAUAAACAUCGCGUGUGCGACGAGUUUGCUGACAAACUGUGUCGUGAUCUGCAAGCAAAGGGUAUCUCCGUCUGGUGGGACCGCGAUAUUCCAAGUGGCGAAGAGUGGGAGCGUGCGGUGGACUGGCAGGCGCGCUACUGCCACGCCGUUAUCUUCCUCUUCUCCAAACCGUAUCUCCAGUCACCUUUCUGCAUGCACGAGCUUGAAGUGAACCAAAACCGGCUGGGCAUCCACCCGCCCAUCUCGCCCGAACAACGCGGCGAGCCAGACCAGCUCCCAGACUACGUGUCAUCGCGUCAGCUGUUCAACUUUGAAAACGCGGCGACAUACGAGCAAGACCUUGAAGACCUUGUCCAACGCAUCCACGACAUGAUGGAGUGCGACCCCGACACGAUUGUGCCUGCGGAACCCGCGCUGGUGGAGCGAGACGACCACGUGCUCAUCAUCAAUCCGAUGGGCGGUGACUUUGCCGAGACGCUGCAGGCAUUUCUCCAGUGCAAACUUGACAUCCCCGUUGCCCUCGACCCCGGGCGCCACGAGGAGCAGUUGCGUCAUGCGCUUGAGAGCGAGCACUGCUGCGCUGUCCUUGUUGUGCUGGACUUUAGCGCCAGUGCCGACGUGGACCUCUCGGCCCGUCUUUGGUUCCUCGGGUCGCUUGGUGGGCACCCAACGCUGCUUGUUCCGUACAUUACUUGCCAACAGAACGCCGUUGUGCCUUACGAAUUCGCAAACAAACGAAGUGUGUUUUGCUGCACCGUGUCCUUUCUCAAGUUUCUUGAGGGAGACUUUGAGGCCAACACGUCCCUUGAAGGCCCCCGAAACAAGCUGGUUACCAAGCUGCGGGACAUCUUGCAACAGGAUGGCGAGGAUGACAACAGCAAUGAGGAGGACACGGCAUAA